AUGCCUGAACAAAAUGAGGAGCCUGUAAUAAAGGAGAGGAAGCAGUGGAAAUGGAAAAUUUUGAUGCAUACAAAGGAGAUGGUACAGAAGAUGAAUCUUGAAGUUAUUUAUGGAGAUACAGAUUCAAUUAUGAUAAACACCAACAGCACUGAUCUGGAAGAAGUAUAUAAAUUGGGAAACAAGGUAAAAAGUGAAGUGAACAAGUUGUACAAACUGCUUGAAAUAGACAUUGAUGGUGUUUUCAAGUCUCUGCUACUGCUGAAGAAAAAGAAGUAUGGUGCUCUGGUUGUUGAGCCAACGUCGGAUGGGAAUUACUCCACCAAACAGGAGCUGAAAGGGUUAGAUAUAGUUAGAAGAGAUUGGUGUGAUCUUGCUAAAGAAACUGGAAACUUUGUCAUUGGCCAGAUUCUUUCUGAUCAAAGCCGAGACACUAUAGUGGAAAACAUUCAGAAGAGGUUAAUAGAAAUUGGAGAAAAUGUGCUAAAUGGCAGUGUCCCAGUGAGCCAGUUUGAAAUUAACAAGGCAUUGACAAAGGAUCCCCAGGAUUACCCUGAUAAAAAAAGCCUACCUCAUGUACAUGUUGCCCUCUGGAUGAAUUCUCAAGGGGGCAGAAAGGUGAAAGCUGGAGAUACCGUGUCAUAUGUCAUCUGUCAGGAUGGGUCAAACCUCACUGCGAGUCAGAGGGCCUAUGCACCUGAGCAGCUACAGAAACAGGACAAUUUAACCAUUGAUACCCAGUACUACCUGGCUCAGCAGAUCCACCCAGUCGUGGCUCGGAUCUGUGAGCCAAUAGAUGGAAUUGAUGCUGUCCUCAUUGCAACAUGGUUAGGUACGGACUCGAUCCCACCCAGUUUAGAGUUCAUCAUUAUCAUAAGGAUGAGGAGAAUGAUGCCCUCCUUGGUGGCCCAGCCCAGCUCACUGAUGAGGAGAAAUACAGGGACUGUGAAAAAUUCAAGUGCCCAUGCCCUACAUGUGGAACAGAGAAUAUUUACGAUAGUGUCUUGGACAGUUCGGGAACUGACAUGGAGCCCAGCUUGUAUCGCUGCAGUAACAUUGAUUGUAAGGCUUCACCUUUGACCUUUAUGGUACAG